CCGGUCGCGGGGGCCUUCCAUCCGGUCUCGAGAAUCCUCCCCCUGCAACCCAACAACAACAAAACCCCACGUCUCGCCCAGUCACCGGGGAGGGGGGGGACCAUGUCCCAGCGGGUGAGGCGCAAUGGGUCCCCCACGCCGGCCGGCUCCCUCGGGGGCGGUGCGGUCGCCACGGCCGGGGGAUCCGGGAGCCGCCUGCAGCCCAUGAGGGCGACGGUUCCGUUCCAGCUGAAGCAGCAGCAGCAGCAACAUGGCAGCCCCACGCGGAGCAACGGCGGCGGCGGCGGCAACAACGGCGGCUGCUGUGGUGGCGCCUCAGGCCCCUCGGGCGGCGGCGGCAGCAGCGGGGCCCCGCGCACCGCCUCGCGCAGCACAAGCCCCACGCGGGGCGGCGGGAGUGCGGCCGCGCGCACCAGCCCCACGGUGGCCACGCAGACGGGCGCGUCCUCGACGUCCACGCGAGGCACCAGCCCCACGCGCGGCGCCGCGCCCGGGGCCCGCGGGAGCCCCCCACGGCCGCAGCCCCCGCCGCCGCUGCUGGGCACCGUGUCGUCGCCUUCCUCGUCGCCCACCCACCUGUGGACAGGCGAGGUGAGCGCGGCCCCACCCGCAGCUCGCGUCCGGCACCGGAGGAGGUCCCCGGAGCAGAGCCGAAGCUCCCCGGAGAGGAGGAGCCCGAGCGCCCCUCUUUGCAAAGCAGGUGACAAAGCAAGGCCGCCUUCCUCCAGCCCGUCUAGCAUCAUCCGCCGUACCUCCUCCCUGGAUACACUUGCUGCUCCGUACCUUGCAGGGCACUGGCCUCGUGAUGGUCAUGGGCAAGCUGCUCCUUGCAUGCGGGACAAGGCCACACAGACAGAGAGUGCAUGGGCUGAAGAGUACUCUGAAAAAAAGAAAGGGUCUCACAAGCGUUCAGCGUCGUGGGGCAGCACAGAUCAACUUAAGGAGAUUGCAAAAUUACGCCAGCAAUUGCAGAGAAGUAAACACAGCAGUCGGCAUCAUCGAGAUAAAGAAAGACAGUCUCCAUUCCAUGGCAACCAUGCAGCUAUUAACCAGUGUCAGGCUCCUGUUCCAAAGAGUGCACUUAUUCCAGUAAUUCCCAUCACCAAAUCAACAGGCUCCCGGUUCCGGAAUAGUGUGGAAGGAUUGAAUCAGGAGAUUGAAAUAAUAAUUAAAGAGACUGGGGAAAAGGAAGAACAACUUAUACCACAAGACAUUCCCGACGGCCAUCGCGCACCUCCGCCCCUGGUGCAGAGAAGCAGCAGCACACGCAGCAUCGACACGCAGACCCCCGGCGGGGCGGAGCGGGGCAGCAACAGCAGCAGCCGCUCCCAGUCUGUGUCCCCCACGUCCUUCCUCACCAUCUCCAACGAGGGGAGCGAGGAGAGCCCUUGUUCGGCUGAUGACCUGCUUGUUGAUCCCAGGGAUAAAGAUAAUGGGAACAACUCUCCUUUGCCCAAAUACGCAACCUCACCAAAACCUAACAACAGUUACAUGUUCAAAAGGGAACCUCCUGAGGGCUGUGAGAGGGUCAAAGUCUUUGAGGAAUGCUCGUGUCGUUCUACCUUUAACCGUCACUGUAUCAUAGCCCCAAGAGAUCCUAAAAUGGCUGUGCAUGGAUUUCCUCCUUUGCUUUUGUGAUGUUGUUGUCUUGUGGAUUUGGUCAGGGUUAGUAGUUUGCCAGGAGUGUAAUCCGUUGAAUAGCAAUCCUUAGUCACAGAAUCUUGCGACUGACGUUUCCUUUAUGGUGGUUGGCACUGAGAUAUGUUGCCUAUAGGUUUUGCUAGUUUUCCCUCCAACAUUCCACACGGUGGGGAAAACAGGCAAGGAGAGCUUUGGAGCGUAAAGAACAGGAACCUUUGAAGAAUCCAUACGGUUUUGGAUUUAGGCUCAUCCUAAUACAAUCACUGCCGGUAUCACAUGACAGCAGUAUUUCAUGUCUGGGUAUGUGGUAGUGAAAUUAAGGAGCAGCUCUUUUUAAAAAGUUAUAGCAAACAGUGUUGAUAGAAAGCAUCCUUCUAAGAUCUUCAUAAACUACCUUAUGAUGCAAUAAUUUAAUGUUCCUAUACAUAUUAUAUUAUAGGGAGAAAACAAAUACUUGUAAAAGGGAUAUAGUUUAGAAGGUUAAUAUGUCAGUUUGUCCAGAUAUAUCCCAUCAAAGAAAAGCUAGUGGUAGCAAUAAAUCUUCUGAAAGGACUUCUUAUACUCAUGUACCUUUAAAACAUCUAAGUAAUUAAAAAUUUUGCCCUGUUAAGUUGAAAACAGAGAUGUAUUUAGGCAAAUUAGAUAAACUCAAACAUUUGAAUAAGUCUGUCAGGUUUCAGUUGGUGGCAUCGAUGAAUUUUGGUACCCCUUCUGUCCAAAACUAAUUUUCCUGAAAUUAGUACAUUGUGGCUUCUAAAUCAGGAAAAGCUAAGUUAUUCAAAGUCUAAAUGUUCUGGUCAGUAGGUUCUUUGAGAACCUUGAUUCUUUGCCUCUAACUUUAUUUACCAUUUCACCACUGAGAACUGCUCUGUCAGAAGUACAAAAGAAAGGUAAAGCUGAAAUCAGGUGAGUUGGUAUCGAUGGUAGGAAGUUAAAAAAUAAGGUUUCAAAAAAAUCCAAAAUCAGUUUUUGGAUGACCUGAAUUCUAUUAAAUCUAUGUUCUUUUCCUUGCCUUACACUUACUUCCCUUUCCAUCUGUACAUGUCACAAGGGUGUUUUACAACUACAAUGCCACUUUGUAAACAGUUUUUCCUCUUACUCUGUUGUGCAUGUUUAUCUAACUCACAUCUUUCUGUAGAGUUUCAUAUAUCCUUAAACUAAAGUAAUUUACAAUCAGAAUGAGAGAACAAGUUUAAGAUAGUAUUAUUCACAGUCUCAUAGGUGGAACUUUUAAUGUUUGGUUGUAAGGAGAAUGUGAAUUUGCAGGUAAAUGAAUUAUAUGGCAACUAAACAUAGUCCUCAUGUUUGGGAGAAAUAGAGCCUGAGAGUUGAGGAGAGGGGGGAAGGUACAAGGUAUAAAAAACACUUAACUGCCAGUGCCAAAGGGCUAAUUUUUAAGUAUCUGAGCUUUAUGCAGUCUUGAAAAAAUUUUGGCCAUAGUCUACUCGGCUUUAUGUAACCUUGGUUCACAGGUGGUUGACUUUUUUUUAAAAAUGGGUCUACUCUCAAUAGAAUGCAUAAUAUUGUUUUCUAAAAUUACAUUCCAUAACUACCUUGUUAUUCUGUAGAAAACUGUACAGAAGGUAAAUAAAUUAGAAUAGCUUCAAUGGGAAUAUAAUUUAAAUUUUUAAAAAAUUUAAAUAAAUUUACUUCCAUUGCGGUAAAAGAAAGAAAUAGGUGGCUUGUAUAUUUCAGCAAAAGAAAGCUAUUCUCUGGUUAUGAACUUUGUCAGUGUUAAGUUAUUUUUACUCUUAAACGGUUUUUUUCUUGCGGUGAUAACAUGAAUUUACAGUUUCUGAUCAUGACCAAGUCUGUAUUACUUGUCAUGACUUUUGUGAGCAAUUAUGUUUUAAAAAUACCUGUUUUUCUUCUUUGAUUAAUAUGGUGAGCAUGGAUGCCAAAAUUAUUUUUUAACUAGAGUCUUCAUUUUGUUUAAAAUAUUUCUUAUAUUUGUGACAAGCCAAAUCAGAGUUUUAGAAGGUGCUAUUGCUAACUGUGGAAUAACUGGCAACAAGGAAGCCUUUUUUUUUCCUUUCUUUUUAAUGGUUGGCUUUUACUGGAAGAAGGUAUUUAAAAAAUAGAAUUUAUAGCUUUCUGUUAUGUCCAAGAUUAAGAGUGGGUUGUCAGAGUUUUCUUUUGUUAAAGGAAAUAAAAGAAAAAUUGCCACUACUGAAUUUACUAUUCUAAAGAUUCAUUCCUUAAUGCUUAGAAUUUCAGUGUCUCAAGACCAGACCAGUGGAUGUGCUGAAUUUGCAUUAAGAAAGCUAAAACACUUAACUUCGCACUUUAAGGUUUAAGUUUUACUCUGCCUAAAUUAAUGAUAAGCAGAGCAGCCCUGAACAAUAUUUUGUUUGUACAAUCCUGUUGAAGAAUAUAAUUUAUGUUUUUUAAAAGUCUUUAUUUUUCAUCUCUGUUGAAGCUGUGUAAAUCUUUUUAAAAUGCAAUUUUUAAAGUUUCGUUUUUCUAACAAAAUUCUCCCCAAAAACAGCAUUUCCAGUGGUGAUAAAUAUUGUUACUGUGUACUUACGUAUUCCCUAUACCUGAACACUUGUUGCUGCCUCACAA